GUAACCAGGCAACUUCAGAGCUGGAGAGAAGAGGGGAGGAAAAGAGAAGAAGAUAGAGCUUUACGGGAUCUUAGAAUUGUGGAAGAAUUUUGAACGUGUAAAAAGCGAGGCAAUGUGAUUUCACCUUGUGUGUCCGGCAAAUGGAAUUAACAAAUGGAUUUUCUUAAACACGCUCUCUCCUCUCUCUCUCUCUCUCUCUCUCUCUCUCUCUCUCUCUCUCCCUCCCUCUCAAUGGGGGAAAAAUAGAGCGCUCAAAUGAAGGGGACACAGAUGUGGAUUAAAACGCAUAAAUGGGACACUCCAGAGAAUCAUCCUGAGAAAAGUGCUCGGAGCAAGUGACUGUGAUGGGCUGUCGGACUGCAUCUGAAGUGCUCUACCAAAGAAUAAUAUCCACUCCUGACCUACUCUGAAGAACAAUAUUUGAUUCAAUCAAUGUUGCAGUCUCCCCUGGGGGGACUUACUCCCGAGUAAUAGGUGGACCCUCAGAAAAGAGCAACAGUGGAUCAUGUGAUGCUUGACCUUCACGGAGAGAACUCAGGUACACUCCAGAAGAUGUCAAAUCUGAUCUGAAGCUGCUCUCAAGAGGAUCACCCAGCUCAUAAUUCAAUAAUCUUUUCAUGUGUUGCUUAGCAAUACUCAAACACCAUGGGCCAACAGUGACAGAGCAUAGUUAUCAAUGCUGGAUCUUCAUUUAUUGAAGAGUACCAGACAUCUCAUCAUGGAUUUGAAUGAGAUUUUCUCCACCAAAGAGCGACUGUAAGAAAGACUGGAGUGGGGGGAAUUGGACAUUGGGAGUUGGGAGGAUUAGCUAGUGUGCUGCUAACCCAUGGUGGAUCUGCUGUGAGCAGGACAAGGGACUCAGCAGUGGAGGAUGUCAGCGGAGGCCGAGCUCCAGCCGGGUGUCAAAACCAGCCAGCGAAGGGAGUCCAGGAGGAUCAAAGGUCAGGACCGCACUGAGGCGGGGCUUAUUAAGCGUUUCCGUGGAGAUGGCGUGCGCUACAAGGCCAAGCUGAUCGGGAUUGAUGAGGUGACAGCGGCGCGUGGGGACAAGCUGUGCCAGGACUCCAUGAUGAAGCUGAAGGGAAUGGCUUCCUCGGCACGUUCCAAAGGGGAGCACAAGCAGAGAGUCUUCUUGACGAUCUCCUUCGGCGGGAUCAAGAUUUACUGCGAAAGAUCAGGGGUGCUCCUGCAUCACCACUCAGUCCACGAGAUCAGCUACAUCGCCAAGGACACCAGGGACCAUAGGGCCUUUGGCUAUGUCUGCGGGAAGGAGGGCCACCACAGGUUUGUGGCCAUCAAGACGGCACAGUCGGCGGAGCCUCUCAUUAUUGACCUCCGCGACCUCUUCACGCUCAUCUACGACAUUAAACAGCGGGAGGAGAUGGAGAAGAAGGCCCAGAAGGACAAACAGUGUGAGCAGGCAGUCUACCAGACCAUCCUGGAGGACGAAGUGGACGAUCCGGUUUACCAGUACAUAGUGUUUGAGGCUGGACACGAACCCCUCCGUGGCCCCCAGUCAGAGGAGAGCGUUUAUCAGGUCCCAACCAGUCAGCAGAAGGAAGGGAUCUAUGAUGUCCCAAAACGCCAUUUCAUGACUAAUAUCAACCACUUUGAUCUUUUCGGCGACAUGUCCACACCUCCCUCAAUGCCCCCAUCACCUGCCAACACACUGGAUCCUAGCAGGAGCAGCCGCCAGCAGCAGCACACUCCUGCUGAAAUGUACGCCCCCUUCAGCCCCACGUCCGUGCCGUCAGGUUAUAUGACCAUGGGUCCGGUGCAGGCGGCCCAGUGGGCGCAGCAGCCAUUUCCUGCCCAGGCUCAGACUCUGGCCUUCCCCGUGCAGGGGCCCCUCCAGGUGGCUCAGGUCCUCCCCGGUGGUCAGCCGGUCAUCUGGAGCCAGGCCAACAUUUUCCCCGCCACACAGCAGCAGUGGGCGGCCAUGGCGGCCUACAUGCCGGCCCAGACCGUGGGCGUUGGGGGGCACGCCAUACCAGCUGCCAUGCUCCAAGGCCUGGUACCCAUUACCACCAUGUGCCCCCAAGCCUGCGACCUAUCGGCCCCCUCCUCUGCCAUCACCAGCCCCCAGCACACGGCCGACCCCGUUCUGCUCCAGAGGCAGCUUAGCCUGGGGAAGGAAGGCCUCGGCAUUGACUCAGAUGCAGGCGAGGGCCCCUCUACAUCAGGAGCCGCAGCAGCAGGCGUGGGAGCUGGCGUCGCGUCAGCAGCCGUGAGCAGGAGUGGGACCCCAGGCCUCAUGAGUGUACCGGACACGCUGGCCUGCAGUCAGCUGCUGCCACCUUCAGCUGCUUCGACCCAGGAAGAGGAAGGGAGCUGUAGUGACCUUGAUCUCUCUAGGAUGACCUUGAGCCCAGGUACAUCCACAUCACCGUCUACUGAAUCUCCAUCCACUCCAGCCCCUCAGCAGAGCUCGUCUUCAGACUGCCCCCCUUCCCAGGCCAGUGACCCCCCCACAGAUCACUCCCCUGUAGACCCAGAGGGCAACUCCAGCAACGCCAAGGAGGAACAAUCAGGCUCUGCUGUUGCAAGGUCGAUCUCUCCGGUGCCCAGUGGAGCUUCUGAUCCUCCGCAAGAUCAGAGCGACACAACCAUGCUUUCUGUGGUGAUAUGGACGAGUGCACUCAGUUUUCAGCGCUGUCUACUGCAUCUUACUUUGAGCUUGGUGCUGCUAAGCAAAGUUGCCGUCACAACAGCGAACAAUGAAGAGCCUAGUGUUCGUGAAGCUCGGUCAGUCAGCGGUCAGGUGGUAGUUCAUCCAGUGGACUGUGUUUUAUCAGAGUGGAGCGCAUGGUCACGCUGUGACACCUGUCAGAAAAAAAGAUUUCGCUAUGCUAAACUGGACCAGCCGUCUCAGUUUGGAGGGCAACCAUGCAAUUCUCAUGGCAGGGAGGAAGAGGCCUGUGAUGUUCCACCCCGCUAUACCUGUGACAAUGUUCCUUUGUGUGAGGGAUUCUUCUGCACCCAAACAGGUCGCUGUAUUCCCAGAACUCUGCAGUGUAGCGGGGAGGAUGACUGUGGGGACAUGUCAGAUGAAGUCGGCUGUAAGAAGGUUUCCAAGCCAUGCAGGGGGGAGGUUGAAGAGUAUUGGGGAAUCGAAAACCUUGCCAAAGGAAUCAACAUCUUGAACAGUAACCUGGAGGGAGUGGUGCUUGAUAACAGAUAUUACGCUGGCAGCUGCUUACCACAAUACAUCCAGGAUGUCAGAUUCAGGAAGCCUUACAACUUGCAACAGUACACUCUACAGACAAAAGGCUCGUAUGAUUUCACCCUGCAGUCUUUUGAGUCAUACUCUGACUACAUGGACCACACCGUGAAGGAACGCAUGACCAAAACCACUGUUUCCUUUGGCUUUGCCAUUCCAGGCAUAGCUGAAUUUGGCUACAACUUCAAUGAUGCCAAAUACACCAAGUCAGUUCAGAAGAUCCGCCGUGCUUCUGGCAAGACUAACAGCUUUGUGAGGGCAAAAGCAGAGCUGGAGCUGGCCCAGUACAUGUUGAAGUCAGACGAUUUGAUGCUUCACCCUGAGUUCCUGCAGCGCCUGCGCUCCCUGCCGCAGUCUUAUGUUUAUGGGGAAUACAGACAGAUCUUCAGAGACUACGGCACCCAUUACAUCACAGAGGCUGCGCUCGGAGGAGACUAUGAGCACACUAUCAUCCUGAACAAGGAGAAGCUCGAGAAGUCAGAUUACUCUUUGGAAGACUACAAGCGCUGUACGCAGUCAGGCCUUAAGGUUGGGGCCAACAUCUAUGGUGUUUAUGUGUCGGCGGGGAUUCAGGGUGGAUCCUGUAAUGGCCUGCUGAAUGAGAUGGGAGAGGACACAGUGCAUGGCAGCAUGGUGGAGGACUUUGUUGCUGUUGUGAGGGGUGGGAGUAGUGAAUCCAUCACUGCUUUGGUGUCUAAAAAGCUUCCCACCCCGCAGCUGAUGGGGCUAUGGGGUGACGGCGUGCGUGCUAACCCUGACUUCAUUCGCACAACAACACGGCCGCUGUAUGAGCUGGUGACCUCCAGAGACUUCUCCCAUGAUGCCACACUGAAAAGAAACCUGAAGAGAGCUCUGUCAGAGUACCUGGCAGAGGCUAGUCCAUGUCGAUGUGCUCCCUGCCGCAACAACGGAGUGGCCGUUUUGAGAGGCACCAGGUGUGACUGUGUGUGUCCUGUUGGCUACACUGGACGGGGCUGUGAGAUCACUCAAAGGCAGAAAGAUAUAGCCAUUGACGGCAGCUGGAGCUGUUGGGGUGCGUGGUCACCCUGCAGUGGAAGAACGAUGACGAGGAGUCGACAGUGUAACAACCCAGCGCCCAGUGAUGGAGGCCUGGCAUGCAGAGGACUGCAGCAAGAGUCUACGGAAUGCUGAAAUCUGCUCAACAGCCCUGAUUGUCAACCCUGACAUAAAGAUUUAUAUAAACUUCCUUGAAAAUAGAAGUUUAGUCUGCGGUGUGUGUGUCUUUUGACUGCCUGGUGUGACAUAAUGAAUCAUAUUUGAAUAAAAACAGACUUGGAAAUGGGA